AUGGAGCUACCUUGCGCACACUACAUUCAACAUCUUGAAGAAAACCAGAGCUUAACGCUUGAUGAUAUUCAUAUGUAUUGGUGGAUCCAAGGUCACUUGUCGGAUCUACAAGAAAGAUAUCAAGAAUGGCCAGAGUUUCAACAAUCAGCAAUACGAACAACAUUGAACAGCAUGAUCAAUACUCCAGCAAUGGUUUUACAGAACCCCAAAGUAGUUUCUACAAAAGGACGUCCUUCUGGUACCACUAAUCAUCAAGGAACUAACUCAACCAGAAGAGAUCCUUCCGGAUUUGA